AUGCGGUGGCGGUGUCGGCCCCGGUGUUAUCUCGAUCAAGACGCAUGUGUGCUGAUAUUCUCGCGUUCAGGUGGUGCAUCGUUCCUAUCACCGAUUCUCGCCAGCGACCUACCAUCCAUACUCCUGUCUAUCCUCUCUUCGCCAGAAUGCCCUUCCUUCUUCGUCCUUCCCAUCCUUCGCACCUUGAAUAGCAUCGCCGAUCGACUACCCUUACAAAAUCAGCCGGAGGGUCCCAAGGAUCCUCGCCUAGCCGACCUUCUCUUCUCCACCGAGCAUAUCGGCUGUCUUUCCCGUAUCAUAACCCAGGAGUACAGCUCUCACGAGAAGCAAACAGCCAUCGAGCUCGCCGCCGGUCUCGUCGGUAAAUUAUGUUCCGAGGAAGCCCAUAAGGCAGUGCUGGCGGAGUGUGGGGUUCUAGAUGCCCUGGCCGUGAAAGUGGCAUCUUUCGUGGCUGCGCAAGGCUUCGUGCUUCCGGGCGCAGAGGCGCAUGUGCAAGAACCCGGCGCUCUAGGCUCGCUCCCUCUGCCUGCGCCCUCCACCGCCAAGCUGGCACCGAUCUUGCGCGCUGUAACCGUAAUCAUUGAGCACUCCAAGUGGCGGGCGGAGCAUUUCCUCUCGUCCCCGGGGAUCGUCACAGUGUUUCCCAAGCAGUUGCCCGAGUUUGCUCCGUCCGACGUCAAAAAGGCCCCGUGGGGUUCGACGUACUUGUCCGGGUCUGCAGUACCUCGCCACGCUGGCGCAAGCCCUCUAGAACAUCUCCUGCCAUCCGUCCCGUUGGCGCAUAACAAAGCAUCCGCGAGCACUCCCAACUUCCCGCCUUUGGGGCAGCAGGGGCCUCGCCGCCGGCACAGCCAGUCAUACCCUCCAUCGCUUCCCGUCUUUGACGCCCCCAGCACUGAGGAUGAUGAAAAUGCCAUCGUUCCCUGGCUCCUUUAUGUCAUCCGUGCGGAAACCGGCAUGACGCGGCUGAUGGCAGCUCGCCUUGUCACCGUGUUGUUUCGGCGUGGUCUCACCAAGAAACAUCGGGUCUCCAUGCUGUGUUACUUGCUGAUCCCAAUUCUGAUCCGAAUGCUGGACAAGGAACAUGAAAUGUCGUGCGACGAUGGCGUGCAGUACGGGGGGUUGGUUCCUUCGCCCGACCGUCUUCGAGAAGAGGCUCCUGCAGUGCUGGCCACUCUCGUCAUGGAUGACCAGGAGCUGCAGAGACAUGCGGCCGAGGGCGGGGCUAUCCAGCGGCUCUCCCAACUGCUAAAGGAAACGUAUAACCCAAUCCGUCAGAACACGAAGCCCAUGUGGCAUGCAGACGCAGACGAUAAUGCUACGGGGGGGUCCGACACGCAGCCGGCAGAGUGCAGGCUCGGCCAUCCCGGAUAUGCGCCCACCCACUGUCAUGUGAUGCGUUACCGCGAGAACAUUCUGAAGGCCCUGGCAGCCCUGGUUCCCUUCAAGGACGAAUACCGAAAAGCUGUCUGCGAGAACGGGGUCGUGCCGUAUAUCAUUGACUCGCUCAAGCCAUGCUCGAGCGAACCUCAGUCGGACACCUCGAAUCCCAAAAAUACCGCCGCCGAUGGCAAUCCAACCCCGACAUUGCUGGCUGCUUGCGGUGCUGCGCGGAUGCUCACCCGUUCCGUCAGUGUCUUGAGAACCAGCCUGAUCGAUGCUGGCGUCGCGACUCCCCUAUUCGUCUUGAUCCGCCACCCCGACAUUGAGGUACAGAUUGCCGCCACGUCUGUCAUCUGUAAUCUGGCACUCGACUUCAGUCCGAUGAAAGAGGCCAUAAUUUCUGCGGAAAUUCUGCCAAUCCUAUGUGAGCACGCUCAUUCGGUCAACACGAAACUACGCAUCGAAUCGCUCUGGGCCUUGAAGCACGUUGCCUACAACUCCACAAACGACGUGAAGGUCAAGAUCAUCACGGGCUUAGGUCCCGGGUGGAUCAAGCAGGUGAUUACGCAGGAUCCCACCACCGCUUUAGCGAAACGGGGACUGGACGAGGAGUUGGACGGCAGCAAUUCGACAGGAAUGAGCCGAGCCAACUCGGCGGGAGAACAGGUCGAUUUGCUCAAUCCCAUGGACAAUUCCCAGCAGCGUGAUGAGGAUAUGAAGAUGGCAGACACGUUGCCGCCAUCCAAAAUGAGCCUCGAGAUGUUCUUGCCCGAUGUGACCCGGCGGCGCAAGCUUGCCUUGCACGGGGAUCUAGACCAAACCACGCAAGCUCGACAGGAUGACAUCGCGGUGCAGGAACAGACAUUUGAUUUGCUGCGCAACCUCGUCUGCGGAUUGGGAGCUUCGGAGAUGAUUGACCACCUGUUUACAGAAAUCGGGCAGGACCUGAUUCUGGACGCCCUAUCGGACAAAUUGCGUCCUCGCAGCAUCCAACUCCCGCAUCGGCGAGAGUCAUCUGCGCACCGGGCCAUUCAAGUGCCGACGGAAAUUCUGGUCUCGGUGACGUUUGUCAUUAUCCACCUCGCUGCCGGCCUCCCUUGGCACCGUCAGCUUCUGGUCUCGCAUCGGGAUCUUCUCCGCCACCUCAUGUGCUAUUUCAAUCAUGUUAAUCGGGAUGUGCGGACCAACUGUGUUUGGGUUGUGAUCAAUCUCACAUACGAGGAUGAUUCCAGCGAUCACGACGGGUGUCGAGAGCGGGCCUUUAAGCUACGUUCGAUCGGAGUGGUGGAUCGACUGGCCAGCCUCGAGGACGAUCCGGAUCUUGAUGUCCGAGAACGCACUAAAACUGCACAACAUUUGGUUAAUGCUUUGACGCGUUAA